GGAAGAGUGAUGUCACUUCGGUCACUUCACUUAUUCAGUGGGAGUUUUGCCGGUUAGACACUACUAACCAUUUUGAAUUUAACUGAUUGAUUUUACCGUUUUACCGAGUUCGAAAUUUCUAUUAUUCUUGUCACGAGUCAGGGUAUUUAAGGUGGCACUGUGUUGUGUGUGUAGACACGAGAUUACGAAACUAGAGUAGUGAGUGAGGUUGACUGAAAAUUGUAUGGGCCUUAUGGCCUUGCUUUGAAAAGAAUCAAAAUACACAGUAAAAUAAUUAUUAUAUCAUAUUAUAACGAUGGAGUCCCCAAUGAAAAAACUUAAAAUUAGUGGUCAUGAAAGCCCUCCACUGAGGGUCAGUUCAUCACAGAUGUCGGAUGCCCCCGAAAUUUCCUCUUCCUCUCUCAGCGAUUCAAAAUCAAGCAUUUCGGAGUUUGAAACAAGCCGCGAUUCAGCAACAGCCAGAAAAGCUUUGGAAUUUAGAGAAACCAGAUAUGAACCAAAAAAUCAUGCAAGUUUUUGUGAUUUGCUCGAAUAUGAUGAGGAAAGUCAUAGCACUUUCAGUGGAAGUAGAUUGGAGGAUGAUGCUAGUGAUGAUGACGAUUUUAACUUCGAAGACUACUUUAACAGAAGUAGAUCCAUCCAACGCAGAGGAAUAUUUUGGAAUCUCUACAAACCCUUGCAAGAAGAAGACGAUAAUUCAUUGUAUUUUCGUAUUAUGAAUGAUCCUGCAAGUGCACCAGAUAUAGCGAAAUGGUUUGUUCACUAUUGUUCCUGCCGAUCGGUAGAUUCGAGCACAAUAAUUUUGUAUAGAUUUUUCUUCGAUUGUGCCGGAUAUCAAAUUUUUGAUGUAAAAAAAUACUAUGGCAAUCUCAAUGCGCUGCUAUCUAUUUUGAAUGGUAGAGAAUACACUAACGUUGUGUUUAAAUCUACAAGAUUUCUUCUAGAGGAUUCUUCGAAAAAUGCUAGAGUAUUAAAAAAUGGCAUUUACUAUUUUCUGCAGCAGCUCGUUGUUCAGGCACAGAAAAAAGAUGUCCUAUAUGGCGGAGUCCUCAAAAAAUUUACAAACCUUUUGAUUGCCAUGAGAACCAAUAAAUUUAGGCCUUUACUGUACGCCUCAUAUCUCUUUGGCAUGAAAUUACUCACCGGCAUUUGCAUGGUGAAAGAACAAGUUGCUGAUAUGGCACUGGAGGGAUUUAAAUCGAAUACUCUGGAUAGUUAUUUGAAUCUCUUAUAUGUUCACUUUACGAAGGGCUGCUGCAUUCCAGAUAAAAAUAUGGCGCCUCUUAGAAUCGAAUCACUCAAAGAACUAAAACAAUUUAUCAUUGCUGCGCCAUCAGUAUUCAUUGACGGUUACAAUUGCCUUGAAAUUUUAAAGAAUUCGGUUAUAUGUGAUGUAGCAUCAGUCCGCAUAGAAAGCCUGGAUUUAAUUAUGAAAAUAGUUCAAAAUAAGAGCGUAGUUGAGUGUUUAUCUCCGAAUUCUAAAGAACAACUGAGCAACUAUGUUUUUGGCAGAGUUUCCGAUAUCAAACUGGAGGUUGUCCUGAAAGCUAUCCAGGUUUCUUCUGUAUUGGUCAAAAGGUUAGGAACAAAAAAUCUCGGCAAACAAUGGUUACCAAAAAUAACGAAAGCGAUCUACUAUGAAGACUACCGAAUUGCAUCUGCCGCAGCAAAAUGCGUAAUUGACAUUUUGAAAAUAACAGAUCAAGACGAUAAGACGCUAUUGCGUUCAUUAUGUACAUUAGCUAAAACAUUCCAUCCAAAUUUAAAACCCCUAAUGGUCGAAGCAGUCGCUGAACACACGAGUAUUUUGCGUAAUUGGCCUUUAAUCAUGAAAAUAUUGACAAUGUACGAACAUUUUGAAGAUUUUCCGAUUGAAUUGAGAGUUGUUUUGAGUGAAUUAUUCUUGGAAUCCCUUCACUUGACGAUAACUGGAAAAUCGACAAAACAAAGGUCUUUUUCUUUUCCUAAAGAAAUGGUACAUUUGAAUAAUGAAGAAAACCUAGCUCAAGAAAUUUAUCAGCAUGUUAAAACUAUAGUGAAGAUUUAUUUUAAAAAAUCUGGAGAAAUAAUAAGUAAUGUUCUCAAGGCUUUGUCAAUAAUUAGGCCUGAUUAUGUUGGUAAAACAAGUCGGCAGAUUAUCGCCGACAUUCUCGCAAUCUUCACAGAUUUAUUUGAUAACUCUACCGAUCCAGUUACUUGGGAACCGUUAGUAAGCUUUUUGGCUUACGUCAACGAUAAUUUUCCAAGCCUAAAUGAAAUCACCGAAGAUGUUAUCAAAGAAUUGGAAAACAAUGUCAUUACAGAUUUAUAUGAAGCAUUUGAAACUAAGAGUUACUUGGUGAUCAAAAAAGCUGCAGUGGUUUUCAGUAAAUUUGAUUUGAACCGACAUGUUGAAUGGCACAAGUUGGCCACAGUUUGGAAUAUGUCGCCCGAUCCAGAGUUCGUAGACAACAUAUUAACAUGCUGUCAUCACGCUCUGAUGUGGAAAUUGAUUAAAGUAGAUACACGUCAAGGCAAAGCCGACUUGGACAAAGAUAUAUCGACAAUUUCCAGUAUGUCUUCUCAAUUUUUGGUUGUAUGCUACGAAGUGUUGAGAUCGCAGGACAAUUUGGUCAGAUUUAAGGGUUUUGAAAGACUCUGCGAGUUCUCCAUAAGUUUUGCAAAACAUUUGCAACAAAUAAGCAAACAAGAACGCGCCUUGGGAAAUCUUAAACUCACCUUUAAUGACAAUUUAGAAAACGCAAUUUUGGAUCUUUUAAAGGCUGCAGUUGAUCCGAAUACUGAAGCUAAAGCCUACCAAUUUCGUAAAUACAUUAACUAUAUCAGGCAAUUAGCAUAUGCAGAAAUACUCCCAGUUGAUUUUAUGUCGAACAUUUUUAUUUAUUACGAUCAACAUUAUGAACAUUACGGAAAGUUGAUUGACUCAAUUUUGCUGAAAAUCAGAGAAGAAGACGAGAAUUGGAUAGCAAUGCUGAUAGUAAACGCAAUAUCGAUUCUACAUAAAAGUGUUUUUGAUAAGAAUGGUUCAGUGGAUUGGAGAAGUUCAGAUGGAAAAGCAAUUUUAAGCUUGUCAAGAAGAUUCAUUGAAUUCAAAAAGAUCAUGAGCCCCACAAUAUCGGGAAAAAUUCUAUAUUUUGCUGUAAACUAUGUAUCGGAAAAUCAUUUGUAUGAUUUUCUGAUUUACGUUAGGUGCUUUUGUCAAGAUACUGUGGAUCGCGGAGAUAUUAUCAAGAAUAUACAACAAAAAAUUCCGCAAUCGGCUAGAGAAGAGGUUGGUGUAAAGUAUUUAUUAGAACAUCUACAAAAGGAAACGUCUAGAUUAUCCGCCCAAAAAGCGACACCAAAACCCUUGAAUAUACAAACUAAGAAAAAACCAAUUCCAAAACCCAUUCUGAGAGACCCCAGUUUAAGCUCCAGCUCUCUUGCCUCUGUGGAUAAAAUAUCUCUUCAGGAUAAGUCUAUGGAAAGUAUGGACACUUCUGUUAAUUCUGAGUAGUGUUUCUCUGUUAUUGAAAUGUUAUAAUAUCUAUAGUACCUAUAUAAUUAUUUUAGUUAUAAUUUUGUAUUUGCCUUUAGCCUUUAGUAGUUCCAGUUUAUUUGAGUAUUGCAUAUUUGCUGAAAUUAAAUUUCACAAUAAUAA